GGAAAUAUAACAUGAUGCGAUUAUUUUUUACUUUUUUUGCUGUCUGCAUUGCUAAUGCAAGAAAGCAAGAUGUCAUAGAAAUGAACAUGCAAGAUAUACCGGUAGAAAUUGAUGACUCCACUUCCUUGACAUUACCAAAGCAGUUUUCUUUCGCUGCCUACUAUGGCGAUCAUAUGGUUCUUCAAAAAGCCCCACAGCGUGCUGUGAUAUGGGGUUACAACCCAUAUACAGAUGUGUUCAUAGAUGUUUCUGUGGACAAACAGACAGUUCAAGCUUUAGUGAACUCAAAGGGACUUUGGAGAGUGAUCCUUGACCCUGUAGAGGGACCAGGACCAUACAACAUCACAGCUCGAGGGUCAGAAGGGGAGAUUACUCUUACAGAUGUCUUGUUUGGAGAUGUUUGGCUCUGCUCCGGACAAUCAAAUAUGCAAUUUUCAGUUAGUCAGGGCUUCAACGCCUCUGAAGAGAUAAAAGAUGCUGAUAACUUUCCCAAGAUCAGACUAUUUACAGUCAAUCAGGUGUCAUCCAAAACACCUUGGUCUGACCUUGACGCAGCUAACAGCAUCAAGCAGCCUUGGUCAGUUGCCUCAAGCAGUUCGGUCGGUGGAGGAGCUUGGAACUAUUUCUCAGCAGUAUGCUGGCUGUAUGGUAAAUACCUGUACCAGAAGUUGGGCUACCCAAUAGGUCUACUAAACACUUGCUGGGGAGGCACACCUGUGGAGGCUUGGUCAUCUCCAGACGCACUGGCAAAGUGUGGAUUAGAGAGCGGGACAAUGACAUCUGACCAGCUUGUGGAACCCAUUUAUGGCAGGAUGUCAUCAUAUAGAAAUUAUGGUGGGCCUCAAACUGCCGUUAUUUUGUGGAAUGCGAUGAUUAAUCCUCUUCUAAAUAUGACCAUAUAUGGAGCUAUCUGGUACCAAGGUGAAAACAAUGCUCGGAAACCCACCACCUACAACUGUACUUUUCCGUCAAUGAUCAGUGAUUGGCGAGCCAAGUUCCAUGCUUCACACGGACAGAACGACCCAAGCUUUCCUUUUGGAUUUGUAAUGCUCGGUGCUAAUAUUCCGAACAUGAGUGAUUUUAGUGGUUUUCCUGACAUCCGUUGGCACCAGACGGCAGAUUUUGGUUUUGUCCCAAACAAGAAGAUGGAGAAUGUGUUCAUGGCAAAUGCGAUGGAUCUACCUGACUUUUUGUCCCCUUAUGGACCGAUCCAUCCUCGAGAUAAACAAGAUGUAGCAAGACGAUUGGUCAAUGCCAGUCUGGCUGUCGCUUAUCACCAGAAAGACAUUUCAUACCAGGCCCCACUGCCUUCUGGUUUCAAGGUGGACACUGCUACUAGCAGGCUUGAAAUAGUUUAUAACAAUGGAACAGAGGUUCUGCAACUCAGAAACAGUGUUGGCUUUGAGAUCUGUUGUUCUUACGACGAUAAAAAGAUUUGCAAUGGUCAUGCAUGGUGGCUACCAGCAUCUGUUGUCAGCAAAACCCUGAGUAGUGUAACAGUGACAACAGCGUCAUGUGGUCCUCAGAAUGUUGCUGGAAUCCGUUAUGCCUGGAGGUUGUCACCGUGUACAUUUAAGGACUGUAGUCUGUACUCCUUUAAAAGUUCUCUUCCUGCCUCACCUUUCCAGUUCACAUCUGCAUCAUUUCACAAGGAUGGAAGUUAUACUAUAAACAAUAACAUACCCUAUCCCUUAGAAGGCUGAGUGCACUGUGAAAUCUUAUUAGUUAAAGAGUAAUGCAAAUAUCAAUUUUCUUUUAAGAAAAUGAUAAUUGAAUUUAUCUUUACAUAAUCUUCUCACUGAUUCUGUCGUCAAAUAUACUACCAUCAGAUGUAGAAUCACAGGUAACAAUGACAUAUUUGACCCUUUUUUUAUGUUAAAGGGAUUGUACACUUGUUAAAUUUUGGUUGACGAUAUUGUAGACAGUGAAGUGAUCUGCCCUGCAUAAUAAACUUGUAAAUGAAGGUCUGUACAUUUUUACAUUAUGAAAAAUAGCAUUCCAUUGCUUUACAUGUAAAUACAUAUAAAUGUGACUGUUUGAUAUAAUGUCAUGUUAGAGUACUGUAAACAGAUUUGUUGGAAUAAAAUCUUUUACGGUUCAAAAUUUCUACAAAUGAAAGUCAGUUCAUCUGUCAAAUGUGCACUUACCAGGUAACCCAUUUGUUGGUCAUAGAAGAUACAAAUUUCAUUUUCAAAAUAUCACGUCUUGCUCAUUUCGGCUAGAAGAAGAAAACUUUUACUGGUAAAAGUCGGACAUAAAAAUUGAAAUUAAGACCAGAGUUACAUUGUGAAUAAAUACAGAUAUUCAUCAUCUUGUAUCACAUGACCAUCUGAUUUCAAUGAGUUUGAGCAAAGUUAGCACCUGUUGUCAGAAUAUUUGUGAAAUAUUUUCUAUAUGCUACAAUGAUAAAAUUUGAUAAGUUUUAGUAUCAAUAUAGACUGAUGAUGUCAAUUAAAUCGACCACCAUCCUUUGAUUACAGAAUAUGUUUCAGAAUUUGACGUCAUGUAAAUGUAAAUUUACCUGCAAGAAAUUUAUGCCAGGCAGAAUGUGCUUGCCGUGGUACCUUAUUAAGUUCAGUGAAAUCUGUAAAGCAUCUCUGGUAAUUGCUUAGAUUCUUUAUUGUAACUGCUUGUGAUUAAAACACAGAGAAGACAGAAAUAUAAAUAUCAACUGAUUUUUAGUGGUUAUUGAUCUUUGUGUUGAAAGAAGCAUAUGUCAGAAACAUUAAUUAAUUUGGAGCGUUGUUGGUUCCAUUUGUGAUACCCAUAUUCUGCAGCAAUAAUCAUUCGUCAAUCAUUUUUGCAUGUAGUUCAUUUCUUCAGAUCAAGUUACAAUCAUUUCCCCUUAAAAAAAAACCCAAUAAUUAUCACUCAUUGCACGUUAUACGCACUGAAGGAACACCCUUACAACUGAUGGAAUAGCAAAACAGCUGAUUCCAAUUUCGCAGGAAAGUUUGUCAUCAUUGGGAAGUAAACAAAAGAUAGUUCUACAAAAAUGUCGUCUUUAUUACAUUUUUUGGGAUAUUUUAAAUAUAAACAUUUCUAUUUACAUAUUGCUUUCGGAUUUCUAGUUUGUACAUAAUAGAUACAGUGGCCCGGCCUCCAACACACAAGAGAUGAUGUUUACAGAAUUGUUAACAUCAAUUUUGUCGGUAAGGCCAAAUAGAGGGUACACACUGGAAAUGUAAAUAUUUGAUAAUAAUUUGCUUUAGUUUUAAAUCCUUAUCCUGCUCAGCUGUGAUAAUUAUCAUCUAUACUUGUAUGAGCUGGUGUGAGGUGCUGAUGAUAGUGUGAGUAGAGUUAGUUGAUACAUUCACCUACCUUGUAUAAUAAUGUUAGUCUGUCUAGAUUACAUUCUUUUCUUAUUUUUGGUAGAUUUUGAUGUCUGAAGGCUGAAGAGAUGUGAGAUGUUAAGACAAGUCUGGUCAUAGUUGAUGUUCGUUAUGAUAUUGUAACAGAGGUCAUUAUUUAUUUCAAUGCCUCUGCUAGGAUUCGAACCCAGGACCCCUGCCUUACUAGACUGACACUCAACCAUUCAAGCUAAAGAGAAUUUCUGUCUAGCUGAGCUAUAUAUUGCUGCUAGUAUUUUACCAGGGUUACUUACUCCCCCUCCUGGAAAAAAACUUGACUUCAAAUUUCCAGGGGCUUCAGCAAAACUUGUGAAAUACUAAGUAUUUUUCCUGAGACUUACAUGGUCACCAGUAUAACAGAGGUCAUAAUUUAUUUCAAAGGCUCUGCUAGGAUUCGAACCCGGGACCUGUGCCUUACUAGACUGAUACUCAACCAUUCAAGCUAAAGAGAAUUUCUCUCUAGCUGAGUGGUAUAUUGCGGCUAGGUUUUACCAAGGUUACAAUAUUUUUCACAAAGUAUAUUCUGGAAUCUACAAUUCUACAGGCGACUAUGGUAUGGUUUUGAGGGUGUUCUUGCUGACCAUGUAUUUAAUAUUUUCUUUUGUGAAACAUACCAACACUUGCAUAAUGAAUUUUUUACUUAUGAUGUUCAGUUAAAAUUUUUUAAGUGGUUUAUAAUAUUCACACAGAGAUUAUUGUUUGUCAAUCUGUCCUUUUGUUAUGAUUCUGUUAAUUAUUGGUAUAUGAAAUUGAAUAUUUUUAUGGUUUUCCCAGUAUUUAUACCAGAGAACCUGAAAGUGUUAGAUAUAUUUAAAGCUAUGUACUAUACUUAUGUUAUUUGUGUGUUCAUGAAAUGCUUUGUUAAGGAUUAAGCAUUUAGUCACUAUCAUUUAAUUCUCUACAACUUCACUUUUUGAUACUCAGUCUCUUUCACAACAUGUAAAGAAUUGUAGUGGUUUUAAGAACGAAGAAGAGAUGAAUAUAUUGUAUUGUUGUUAUUUACUUUCUACUUAAAUACAUUGUAGGUCUUUACUGCUUGAACUCUACUUUAGGUAAAUGGUUUUAUUAAUGAUAUUACGAUGUGUUUCUGUGAAGCAGUUUAUCCAAAUUUCAUAUUCUUGAGAGAAUAGGAUUUUUUUUUUUAAUUUUGGAAAUGAAUAUCCUCUGUCUCUAUCCAGGAAAUGGUUGAGUUGAAAGUAACAACCAAUUUGGUUAAGAAUUUGUAAAGAAAUACACACGGCAAGGAUGAAAACAAAUGUGAUUUUGAACAAUCACACUUGAUUUUACUAAUAAAACCAUUUUUCCAAGUACAA